CUGUUGCAUAACUCCUGAAGGUGACGGAGGGGGCGGGACUUCCGCCCGGACUCUCUAACAGGGAAGUCGUCGUGUUACUUUCUCUCAGCGUCACGGUUCUGCUUCGUGGGAGAAAACUCGCCAAAUCAGCGGAUCGAAGCUGUUCCGACGGGCGGAAAUCCGACCAGGGCGAGGUCCGGUUCCAGCCCCGCUCUGCUGAGGUCCAUCCGAACCGGGCUGCCAGGGAGGGAGUGAGCCGGCAGGAGGCGGAGGGUGAGGGUGAGACCCACGGCAGGCUGAGUUGAGGAUUAUUAAUCCAGGAUGACUCCUGUUUAAUCCUGAGAAGAUGCUGGAUUCUAACCCCACCAGCUGAACCAGAACACAUGAGCCUGUGAUGAACCAGGACGUAGACGGACCCUCCCCUAUCCCGCUCCUUUUGUCUGAAUCCAGGACACUGACCGCUCCCUGUUUAUCUGGGCCAUGUUCCGGAAAAGAAGCUCCCUCAUUCUAUGCGGAACCUUCCUGUUUGUCACCUGGAACGCCGUGCUGGUGCUGCUGCUGUGGGGGAGAGCUCCAUCCGGCCAGGGGGGCGAGCGGCGGGGGGAUCCGGUGCCGAUGCCCACCAGCGACAUGGUGGGAGACGUGAUCCGUAUCGCCGAGUCCUUUGAAUCGGAGCUGGAAAAGCAGAAGGCCAUCCUGUCCCAGAUCCUGAGCCACCGGUCGCUCUGGAAGCCGUCGGACGGAAAGAGGACGAAGGUCAGCGCCCCCGCCCAGCCCGUCAUUCCCAUCCUGGUGAUGGCGUGUAACCGCAUCACGGUGAGGCGCUGCCUGGACAAGCUGCUGCAGCACCGGCCCUCCGCAGAGCUCCACCCCAUCAUAGUGAGCCAGGACUGCGGGCACGCCGACACCGCCGCCGUCAUCAGCUCCUAUGGAGAUAAGGUGGCCCAUCUGAAGCAGCCGGACCUUUCCGACAUUCCCGUCCGUCCUGAGCACAAGAAGUUUCAGGGUUACUACAAGAUCUCCAGACACUACCGCUGGGCCCUGAACCAGGUCUUCAGGACCAUGUCCCACUCGUCUGUGGUGAUCGUGGAGGACGACCUGGAGGUGGCGCCAGACUUCUUUGAGUAUUUCCGGGCCCUGCUGCCGGUCCUGAGAUCCGACCCCAGCCUGUGGUGCGUGUCAGCCUGGAAUGACAACGGCAGGGACGGAUACGUGGACCCCGGCAGGGCCGACCUCCUCUACCGCACCGACUUCUUCCCCGGCCUGGGCUGGAUGCUCCUCAGGGAGGCCUGGGAGGAGCUGGAGCCCAAGUGGCCCGCCUCCUUCUGGGACGACUGGAUGCGUCAGCCGGAGCAGCGGCGUGGCCGCGCCUGCGUACGGCCGGAGAUCUCCCGGACGUUGACCUUCGGCCGGCAGGGGGUCAGCCUGGGCCAGUUCUACGAUAAAUACCUGAAAUACAUCAAGCUGAACUCUGAGUUUGUGCCUUUCACCAAGCUGGACCUGACCUACCUGAGGGAGGAGGCCUACAGGAGGAGCUUCAGCCAGGAGGUGUACAGCGCUCCUGCGGUGACGUAUGAAGACGUGAAGCAGGGCCAGCUGAAGGGCCCGGGGCCUUUCCGCCUUCAGUACUCCACCAAGGACAGCUUCAAGGUCAUGGCCAAAAACCUGGGAAUCAUGGACGACCUGAAGUCUGGGGUUCCAAGGACGGGCUACAGAGGGGUGGUCAGCUUCUUCUACCGAGGGCGGCGGAUCCACUUGGCUCCGCCUCCUGGAUGGAGCCAGUAUGACCCCACGUGGAGCUGAGGUUCCACAGCAGCGGCCUUCUCACACAUUCCACGCCAAAGAUCUCCGGCCUUAAUGAGGAAACGGCCAAAUCUACUCAGGUUCUGCAGCUGAACAUAGAUCUACGGCAGAUCUCCAGAUGUCUAUUUUUCUAUGAUCCUGAUUGUUUUCUUUACAUCCAUGAAUCCGAUGCAUCAGCCGACUUUGCCUUACUGAGUUUCAGAGCAAAUCCUGAGAAUGAGCAACCCCCCCCCCCCCCCCAUCAUCCAUGAAAUAAUCUGCUCUUCCUGCUUAUAGUCUGUCUGUCAGAUGAUUCUGUGUGGAAUAUUUCUUGCUUUGGAAUCACUGUGGGGAAUUGUAUGUUUUUAUUGAAUAAAAACAAACAGAAUGUUUCCAGUUUUGGUCAUAAUCCAGCUCCAUCUCACACCCAGAUUACCACCAACUGUUUUCUUAUCCAUGACAUUCUCCAUAUAUACAUCGCAGGUGUCUUAUAAUCCAUUUUUUUAUUUUUUAUUUCAGGGGUUUUAAUUAAAUUAUGUCAAUUUAGUCGCUAAGAUUUCCUCUCAAGCAUCCAGUUCAUUAAACCGUCAGUGUUUGAUUCCCACAGUGAGUCCUUAGUUUGGGCGGCCGAGGAGAUGAGAGCAGCUGCUGAGGAAAUGUUUGAGGUUACGUUAACAAAGU